UGUUUUACUGUUGCUCCAGUCCGUCACCGCUGUGUGUUCCCCGUGUCCUUGGAAGCUGUACCAUGGUUUGGCUGCCGGACGAGGCGAAGUGUCUGCCGCCCCCGGGGCUGGCUAACAGGAACUCGCUGUGGUUCGGCCUCGUGGGGUAUCUGACCGCAAUUACCCACAAUUCAAUCUGCCGGUACCCGGCCCUACGGGCAGGGGUGCAUCGGCAGGUGCUUUUCACCACCAUCGGUGUUUUCGUUGGGUACUAUCUGACCAAGAAAGAGAACUACGAGCACGCCAAGCGAGACCGGGAGCUCUCCGAGUACGUGAGACAGCAUCCAGAAGACUUCCAGAAACCAGAAAAGAAGACAAUGGCUGAAGUAUUGGAGAAAUUUGUCCCGAUCCGCUAGACGGGUGAGAAGUCGGCCCGCCGGACGCCGGGGAUCACUGAGAGCGGAACGUCUCCGGAGCGGCUUCAUCGUGUUAACAAAGUUAAUUGUCUCUACGGUAUCGCUCGCUGCGGGGUUAAAAAGUCGUAAUUUAUAUAAUUAAAAAUGUAAGAAAA